AUGCCAAAUCCAUCAGUGGGUAAUUCAGUGGAGUCAACAUCUCAUGUACGUGAGGAACCGUGGUAUUCAUCACCGAUUGGGGCGAUAGAGUCAUCUCUCGUUAAUGCAGAUGAAGAACUUAUUCGAACCGCCGCUAUUGCCACACUGGAGGCAGACCGUUCUCAACAAGAGGUUGAACGCUGGCGUCUUGAAGCCGAUGUACAGAUCCAGCGUCUAAUUAAGAUGCGGCAUGAAAAGGAACUACUUUUAAAGGAAGUUCGACAACUUGAACAAAGUUUAAAUCAGGCAGAAACUUUAGCUUCAGCUUCUACGCUUAUUGAAGAAAAAUCAUCAAGUCUUGACGGGCCAUAUGUAUCUUCUCUUCAGUAUAAUACCGUUACUGAUAAUUCUAUAGUGGUACCUGGGACCUUUGCCUUAGCUUCAAAGGAUAGUAUCACCUCUAAGGAGAUAGAAUUGCGGUAUCUUAUUAGUCGUUCACUUGCGACAUUAGACACUUUACUGUCGGAUGUUGUUUCCCUGAAAAAACGACAUGCCGAUUUAUGGACACAGGAGAAAGAAAUUGGAGAAGAUAUAAAACGUCUCAAAACUACAUAUCAACGACAAGAAGAACAAAAAGAGGAGUUAUUAAAGCAAAAAUAUUUUGUUAAAGCAGCAUCAACAGAUCCUGCAUAUCGAAAAGCUUUAGAGGAAAAACAAGAGAUGGAAGAGUUUAUAGCUCAUGCAUCCGAUCGUCGUGCAGCUCUUAAACAGACUCAAAUGGAACGUGUUUCUAUGGUUGCACAUCUUUUAGAGGGUUUAACACUACGAGAAAGACAGGCUUCUCACGCACAUGAAACCGUGGCUCGUAAAAAAGGGUUUAGUGAACACCCUAUGUAUUCUAUGCUUCUUUCUUUACAAGAAGAAAAUAGAGAGUUGCACUCUAAAUUUAUUAAACUUGUCCAAAGUAACGAGGAGGAGGAUACAGCCCUUGUAGAGUAUUUUAGUGUAUUGUUAGAGCGUCUGCUUAUGACGCAGGGAAAUAAAACCUCUCUUAUGGAUUUUGUUAAUUUAUCACCAAAGUGA